AUGGAUUCCCAGAAUGCUUUACAGCCAAUGGAGAACUCCCAAAGCGAUGAUGAGAGGUGCCCUCCUGACAGAAUGGAGCCCAAGACAGUCUGUGCGUGUCCACCAGGCCCACCAGGAUUACGUGGCAUUCCUGGACGAAAAGGAUCUAAGGGAGAAUCUGGUAAACCAGGAAAAUCAGGAAUGAAUGGUCUACCUGGACGACCUGGUGACCAAGGUAUUCCAGGUAUUCCUGGCUCUCAAGGCAUGCAGGGUCAGCUGGGUGUGCCUGGAUCUUCCGGGGAGCCUGGACCAAAAGGAGACACUGGUGAAAAAGGACCACGUGGUUUGCCUGGUAUUGAAGGGCUUUCAGGUCCACAGGGACCUGAAGGACCAACUGGGCCACAAGGGAUACCAGGAAUACCUGGAAUAAAGGGUAAUAAAGGUGAAAAAGGAAUACCUGGCUCUCCUGGACAGCAUGGUCCUUCGGGAGAACCUGGAAUUCCAGGAACUAACGGCCUUCCAGGAUUACCUGGGUUAAAGGGAGAAAAUGGCAAUCCAGGAUUGCCAGGGAGAAAUGGACAACGUGGCCUAAUGGGCUUUCAAGGUCUUCCUGGAACCCAAGGUCUACAAGGGCUCAAGGGACAAAAAGGAAUGAUUGGUCAAAAGGGAGCUGAAGGGCCACCUGGGAUACCGGGUAAGCAAGGACAUCAGGGGUCACCUGGGCGUGAUGGACGACCAGGGCCAACGGGAGACAUUGGUGCACCCGGACUACCAGGUCUUCCAGGGCAUUCCGGCUCAGCUGGUUUAAGAGGAGAGCCAGGACUUCCAGGCCAGACUGGCCCAAUUGGGAUUCCUGGAGCAAAGGGAAAUAAGGGUGAGCCAGGAAAUCCUGGGAGGAAAGGGAGCCAGGCUGAGAAAGGCAAAGAAGGAGCCCCUGGCUCACCAGGGCCACAGGGAGCUAUUGGUGCUAAAGGAGCAAAAGGCGAGAAAGGUAAUGUGGGACCAUCUGGUGAGAGGGGAAUUGAUGGCAAGAACGGAGAACCUGGUCUAAUGGGCCCGAUAGGACCUCGUGGACCUUCAGGUCAGGAAGGCCCAUAUGGACUGCCUGGUGUUCCUGGACUUCCUGGGAAACCUGCAAAGCCUGUCACAGACGAACGGGUAAUGAAACUUUGCAGUGACAUGCUUCGCACUCAGUUGCCAUCAUUACUUCAAAGCAUGAGGCCCAGCUGUCAAUGUGAAGGAAUUAAGGGAACACCUGGACAACCAGGAAUGCCAGGACAGCAAGGACAACGGGGAUUACCUGGCUACCCAGGCAGGGCAGCCAGGCGAGGAUAUCGAGGACUACCUGGUGUACCUGGACUACCAGGAAUGAAAGGUGAGCAGGGACCAAAAGGAGCUAAAGGCAUGAAAGGUGAAGAGCAUCCAGGGUUACCUGGCCCGCCUGGUCAAUCAGGUCUACCAGGAUUACCAGGUCCGACUGGUCAUGGAGUGCCAGGAGUGGAUGGGGAACCUGGAAGGAAUGGAGCACCCGGGAGCCCAGGAAAGCGUGGACCACCAGGCCCACCCGGAGUAUGCGAUAUAUCCAGCUGUUAUAAUUCCUAUAAUAAUGGCCGAAGCCCUUUUAACAAAGGACCAAAUUUUUGAUGGUCUUAUGCGGUUCAGAGUCUGAGAGUUGCAUCCAGUCAUGUCAUCUCAUGUGUCCUUUACUUGCUGCCAAAUACGAGGAACAGUUUCUCAGGAAGAAAACAAUUGGCACAUGAACCAAUAGCUAAUUAUUACAGGUUACAGUCUGUUAUACGGUAUGCUACUGAUUUUGGAAUACUUCAAUACAAACAUUUUAAACACACCACGUGCUGUGCAUGUAUGUUUAUCCCCUACAGAUUUUUUUUAAAAAUAAAUUUUGAUAGCAGCUUU